GCCCCCUACGGCAAGUCGGAGGGAGCAAGAUGGCCACCGCCGGGGAGGACUGUAGUGCUGGGGCCGAAGCGGACCGGGAAUUAGAGGAGCUUCUGGAAAGUGCUCUUGAUGAUUUCGAUAAGGCCAAACCCUCCCCAGCACCCCCUCCUACCACCACGGCCCCUGAUGCUUCAGGGCCCCAGAAGAGAUCGCCAGGAGACACUGCCAAAGAUGCCCUCUUCGCCUCCCAAGAGAAGUUUUUCCAGGAAUUAUUUGACAGCGAGCUGGCUUCCCAAGCUACUGCCGAGUUCGAGAAGGCAAUGAAGGAGUUGGCUGAGGAAGAGCCCCACCUGGUGGAGCAGUUCCAGAAGCUCUCAGAGGCUGCAGGGAGAGUGGGCAGUGAUGCGACCUCCCAACAAGAAUUCACUUCUUGCCUAAAGGAGACACUAAGUGGACUAGCUAAAAAUGCCACUGACCUUCAGAACUCAGGCAUGUCGGAAGAGGAGCUGACCAAGGCCAUGGAAGGGCUGGGCAUGGACGAAGGGGACGGCGAAGGGAACAUCCUCCCCAUCAUGCAGAGCAUCAUGCAGAACCUGCUGUCCAAGGACGUGCUGUACCCGUCCCUGAAGGAGAUCACGGAGAAGUAUCCAGAAUGGUUGCAGAGCCACCGGGAAUCUCUUCCUCCAGAGCAGUUUGAAAAAUACCAGGAGCAGCACGCUGUGAUGGGCAAAAUAUGUGAGCAGUUUGAAGCAGAGACCCCCACCGACAGUGAGGCCACUCAGAAGGCUCGCUUUGAGGCAGUGCUGGACCUCAUGCAGCAGCUACAGGAUUUGGGUCAUCCUCCGAAAGAGCUGGCUGGGGAGAUGCCUCCUGGCCUCAACUUUGACCUGGAUGCCCUCAAUCUGUCGGGCCCCCCAGGUGCCAGUGGCGAGCAGUGUCUGAUCAUGUGAAACACAGCACGCUUUCCUCCCCGAGUCCCAGCCGUGGGGCACACCUGGAGCCACAGAACCACUGAGAGCAGAGGCAGGCGUGUCGUCUCCAGGAGCGGUCUGCCCACUGUCCUUUGUCAUCCCAUUCAAGAUGUGCCAUACCAGCAGAGGCUUGUCCUCUGUUUUUCUACGAACAGGAUCUGUUCCGCAGACCAUUUCUGUGAGGCCUACUCAAUUGUGGUUUCUGCUGCUAGCAAAGGCCCAGCUCUCUGCAGGUGAAGGCAGGCAUCCUUUCUGGGGCCUGCACCUUCUUCCAUCUCUCAAAAUAAUGCGAUAUGCGGCCACGCCGAUGUCCACCUUUACUCCCAGGGUCUUUGUGCCUUGUCUGUACUCCAUUUUGGAUGUGGGGGGGUGGCAUAGACAGAGUCCUGGAACUCUAUUUCUGUAGUUCUCUGGGAGCGGAGCCUUUGGGAAUGGGGAGAAAUUUAGCCCGUGCUAGGCUAUAGGUAUGUCAUCAUGCCCUUUCACAUUCAGACAGAUUGUUUGGGGAAAGGGCUUUUGCAUUUUAAUCACAGCAGGGUUGGAAGAGAAAUCCUGAGAUACCUCUCUUUCCAGGUGCUGAGCCCUCAGCUCCCUGUUGCAGCCUGAGAACUCAGGUCGCCACCCUGGUUCUUUCUGCAGUGCUAUGUGAUCUGGGUGAACCCAACUCCUGCCCUUACUUUGUCCUCUGCCUGUCCAUAGGCCCUCUGUUUUUUAAAUACCUGUUUAUGCCAAUCCUCCUGAGCUCAAGCUGUGACAGAGAAGACACAUCUUGUUUCCCCUCACCUACUCCAUCCUCCAGUCUCCUGGGAGAACACAUAAUUGUAGUGUCAGAUCAGGGAAAUGAAUGGCCGUGCUUUCCUGUAUAGUCUGGCUUAUAUGAGACUUCUGAUUCCCUUAGAAUCCUUCCUUUUGGUUAGGAAGGCAAUUUGGGAUUGGGAGAAAGAUGCAGCCUGGGUCUCCUUCCUGAAGGGCCCCUGGGGCAGUGUCUAAUAAAUAUUCUGACAGAG